AUGUAUCGACCUCAGAUUAAGCGGGAACAGACAACAAAGAACAGAUUCUAUUUAUUUAAAAACCCUAAGGCCGCGCCCAAGAAGGGCUCCAAGAAAACCGUCACCAAGACCGCCGGCAAAGGAGGCAAGAAGCGCAGAAAGUCCAGGAAGGAGAGCUACGCUAUCUACGUGUACAAGGUCCUGAAACAGGUCCACCCUGAUACCGGGAUCUCCUCCAAGGCUAUGGGCAUCAUGAACUCCUUCGUCAACGACAUUUUCGAGCGUAUCGCUGGUGAGUCCUCUCGUCUGACUCACUACAACAAGCGCUCCACCAUUACCUCCAGGGAGAUCCAGACCGCCGUGCGCCUGCUGCUUCCCGGUGAGCUGGCCAAGCACGCCGUGUCCGAGGGUACCAAGGCCGUCACCAAGUACACCAGCUCCAAGUAAAGCGCCUUAGUCGCUCUGGCAAA